AUGUACCUCCCGAGAAAUGUAUUUCCCAUCAAGAAAUGCAAAUGUACCAACCAACUAGAACAUGAAGUGCAAGACACUACAAACAGAGGCAUUCUUCUUGUCGUUCUCCAGACAACGCUUGGAAUUCGGACAAUUUUUUCAAGACUGGGAGGACUCAACAGAGGACUCUACAACUGCGACUGCCCCUGUACGAUUACACUGCCGUUGUACGAUCUUCUACCCAACAACACAAAUGCAAAAUGCAGGAACCUCCCUGUGCAUGUGCUGCUGUCGACUGCCAUGCUGAUUUCACCUACCGCUCACUCUUUUGUUUAA